AUGGUGGCGGAAUCCGAGCAUCGACGUCGGCAUCCUGUCUUGAAGGUGGCCAUCAUUGGAGGAGGCCCUUCAGGACUCGUUACUCUCAAGUACCUGACCCGAGCCCACGAGUUCCUGGCCUGUAAGCCCGUCGAGGCCCGUCUCUUUGAAUAUCAGUCUCAAGUUGGGGGGACCUUCUCGACCAGAGUGUACGAGGACGCCGAGCUAGUGUCUUCGAGGCAACUCACCACCUUUUCCGACUUUCGCCGGCCACAGGGGCCCGACUUCCUCAGCGCCACCGAUUAUGUCGACUACUUGGAGGGCUAUUGCACCCACUUUGACUUGUGGCCUCAUAUCAAUCUUGAUACCCGCGUCGUGGCUGUCAAGCGUCGUGGCCAAGGCCACACCGUCAUAUAUGAAACGAAAACUGGUCACCGCCUUGACUGGGACUGCGACGCCGUCGCGGCGUGCUCGGGCUUACACGUUGAGCCCAAUAUCCCCGACAUCAGGGGGCUCCAAAACGUGCCCCAGGUCAUACACUCGUCCGAGUUCAAAGCCCGGAAGCAGUUCAGCUCUAGCAAAACUGUCAUGAUUGUCGGCUCUGGCGAGACUGGGGCAGAUAUUUCCUACCUCGCCGUCACCACUCCCAACGUUGAGAGAGUCAUCUUGUGCCACAGGGAUGGAUUCCACUUUGCACCAAAGAGAAACCCCGGUCCGGUCAUAUUGCCGUGUCUUCGCAAGCCGAAUCCCAACGAGCCGGGUAUUCCCAUUGAUAUCAGCCGGGCCAACAUGUUUGACACUACAUAUGUCCACAACAUGCUUCGGCGAAACGACACGCUCCUCUGGGAGUAUUACAACAUUUAUAUCAAAUCCCUUCUCUUCAUUUCCUCUGGUACCACGUUGGGAAUGGACCAGUGGAUCGGUGGUGUCGGCCGUGAGAGAGACCACCCAUCAAGGCUCUUCUUCAACAAGUCCAUCAAGGUGUGCCAUUAUCUCAGUGAGCCAUAUAGGCCCAAAGUCCCUGGGCCCGCUCUGUGGCUGUACUCCCUGCGUUCGUUCUUUGUGCAAACACCAAUUCCCGACACGCGCGGCAGAUGCGUAGAUCUCGCGCCAUUCCCUCUACAAUUCGACAAAUAUGGAACCGUGCAAUUCAUCAACAACGGGCGUCCCGAAUAUCGUCGUAUGAAAGGACAGCGUAUCCAGCCAGACAUGGUCGUCCUGUGUACAGGAUACAAACAGAGUUUCCCGUUUCUCAACACGUCUCCCAACGGGACUGAUAUCCCGUAUCCGACCCCUGACCGCGCGGAUGUACGCCAGAUAUGGAAGCGCAACGACCCAACGGUCGGCUUCAUCGGGUUCGUUCGCCCAUCGCUCGGUGCCAUUCCGCCGCUUGCAGAGAUGCAAGCCCAGCUCUGGGUUACCAAUCUCUUGUGCCCCCGGCGCAUCCCGCGGCCUUUGCUCCCCGAGGAUGAGCAUCACUACAAGCUUCGACCCCUUCCCGGUGCCAGAAUCCAGUACGGGGUUGACCAUGAAAGCUACGCAUACCAGCUAGCUCUCGACAUGGACUCGGCGCCAGGAAUACUCGACAUUAUCAGGCUAUUCUCAUGGAGACAGGCGAUAUCGUGGUGCAAACUUGUCAUCAUUUGGAUCUUUGGCGCUCACCUCAACACGAAGUUCCGCUUAAAAGGACCGUGGAAGUGGGAUGGCGCCUUUGACUUGUUCACGUCCGACGAAUUCUGGCAGACCAUCACACGACGACCAAUUAUUUUCGGUAGGUCGCCGGAAUCGUUGGCUUCUUGA